AUGUCGGACACGGCACUACGCUACUGGUGGGUAGUGAAGUACGAGCUCACGCCGCCAGGGGGCUACCGGAAGUUGUCCGUCACCAUAAACGGACGAACCCCCAGCCCGACCAUAUCGGCUUAUCAAGGAGACCUGCUCGUCAUCGAGGUCACCAACGGGUUGGGGAAGGAGGACCUCGCGAUCCAGAUCGACGGAGUGAGACCGAUUGGCGGGGCUUCGACGCACCCCAUUCGGCCUGGCGAGACUUUUGCCCAUUGGUUCUUCGUCGAUCAGGUCUCGGUUGCGCUUAUCUGGGGCUGGUUUGCUGAAGUUUGUAGGUUUGAUUCAAGGGAUAGUGAAGAACUGGAAAAGGGUGACCAGAUAUCGCCGAUGCUUAUGGAGGCCAUUGAAGAAUCGCACAUCGCAGUCAUCGUUUUCUCCGAGGACUAUGCUUCUUCAUGGUGGUGCUUAGAAGAGUUGGCGAAGAUUAUGGAGUGCAAGGAGCAAGGGAACCUCACUGUUCUGCCCGUGUUUUAUAAAGUCGACCCAAGAGAAGUGAGAGAGGGAAGAGAGAGCUAUCGAAGAGCUCUAGACAAGCACGAGUCCAAGUUCGGGAAGGAUUCGGACAAAGUGAAGAGAUGGAAGGAAGCUCUUUUCAAUGCUGGUAGCUUGUUCGGUUGGCAUUUGAAUGAUGGAGAUGAGUCGAAGCAUAUACAAGAAAUUGUGAAAUGGAUCUCCAAUCAUCUUGACUGCAUGCCUUUGCAUGUUGCUAAGCACCCGGUUGGGAUAGAAUCUCAAGUGGUUAUGCUAAAAUCAAUGUUAAACCUUGAAUCUAAUGAUGAUGUUGUGAUGGUGGGAUUAUGGGGACAAGGAGGAGAAGGCAAGUGGUUUGGUAAUGGGAGUAGGAUCAUCAUUACCACAAGAGAUAAACAUUUGCUAACUUGUCAGGGGAUAUAUCAAGAUCAUGUGUAUGAAGUUAAAGCACUCGAUGACAGUCAAGCUCGUGAGCUGCUUAGUAAGCACGCUUCUCAGACGCACCAAAUCAGAAUAGAUCUAGUAAAUGGGGCCUUGAAUUAUGCUAAAGGUCUUCCUUUAGCACUUGAGGUGUUGGGUUCCUUAUUAUUUGGUGAAACAGAAGAUGUAUGGGAAAGUACACUAAUAAAACUUUCAGAGUCCCGACAAAACCAUCAAUAA